AUGGCUGUAAAAUCUUUUUUACUGCAUCUUCUGCUCACUGCCAUUCUGGCAUGGGCCACUAUAGCACAGGAAGAGACUACUAAUGAGAUGGACAUCCAAACAGCUAAUCAGACCAUAGAUCCUUUGUUGAUUUCUGUGACAUCAGAGGGGCCUCUAACCACACCUGCAGAGGUGGAGGAGGAUACUGUACCACCCACUGGCACCCGUUGCCAAGGUUACUACGAUGUGAUGGGCCAGUGGGACCCUCCGUUCAAUUGUAAUGCGGAUAUCUUCCUCUACUGUUGUGGCACCUGUUUCUAUCGGUUCUGCUGCCAGUUUCGUCAACAACGACUGGAUCAGUCCUCUUGCUCCAACUAUGAUUCUCCCAUUUGGGCCAACACUGGAAAACCUGUGGCCACAAACACUGAGGUGCAGCCAGACCAUGAGCGGGAUCGCACCCACAUGAUCGUGUACAUCAUCUGUGGUGUGGUGGCUAUCAUGGUCCUAGUGGGAAUCUUUACAAAACUGGGGCUGGAGAAGAGUCGGGGAAGACAGAAUGACCUCAGUAACUCAAGGACCCUGCAAGAGUUGCUGAAGCAGUCAGGUGGGGAGGUGAGUCCUGUGGAUGGACCUUUGAGCAGCACAACCUCCAUCGGAGAAAAUGCCAUCUGUGCCAGGAUGCUUCGCAGCCGCAGCGAGCAGUACCAUCUAAACAACACUGGCUUCUCUUUCGGAACACCAGUCGGACUACCUCAUCCUCAGAGCAACCUCAGCAUACCAGGUCUUGCGCUAAAUAAGUACAACUCUCUAAAGGCAGUUGCUGAUACCGCAAGCCGAGGCUACUACAAAAGCUAUCCAGUAAUGGAGUUCUCCCAGCAUCGUUGCCCACCUGUACCCUUCCAACCGGUGCUUAUGCACCCAAAAGACAAGUCCUACCUUCACCAGGUCCUCCCCUCCCAUGACAUCCAUUCCCCCCUUUCCAUCUCAAUCCCAACCAACCAGUUGGAGAGGACCCGCAUCACAAAGACCACCACCCACCCUCAAAUCUCCAACUCAGCCUUGAAAACUUGGGAUUCUGAGCAAAGACACGUCCACCGGCAGACCUCACAUCCAGGGCACUCCAAUUGCAGACAGACUUACAGCAACAGGAGGCAGUACAGCACAGAAGCACUACCUGAAUUCCUUUCCCAGCCCACAGGCUAUGGGGGACAUCCAUUGUAUCAGCCGUACCACACCAACAGCAAGACAGAGGUCACUGUCUGA